AUGUCCUUCACGAUGGAGGAUAACUUGGAGUCGGGCUGGGUAGCCGUCCGCCCCAACGCCUUCGAGGAGAAGGAGAAGCAUAAAUUCGUCUUCAUCGUGGCCUGGAACGAAGUGGAGGGUAAAUUUGCGGUUACGUGUCACAACAGGACGGUGCAGAGGAGAAGCUUCGGCAGGGAUCCGAUGCUGCUGGUGGAGGCGACUGGUCAAGAUGGAGACAAAACAAAAUGGCCCGAAAGUCCUGUCAGGGAUAAAGUGUCCAGCAGGAGUCCGGCUGGGAGAGGAUCCGGAGGGGCUGCGGUCAAAGCCAAGUCCUCGAUGGCGACUAAAGCAAGUCCUGUCAAAAUCCAAACUGUGGUCAAACCUGCAGCAUCUCCCGUUGGUCCCGAUCCUGAGUCCCCCUCUCUGGACAGCCUGGACCUGGAGGAGCUGGACGCUCUGAGCCGGGAGGACUGCAGCUGGGCCGGGCUCUUCUCCUUCCAGGACCUCCGAGCCGUCCACCAGCAGCUGUGCUCGGUGAACUCGGACCUGGAGCCCUGCCUGCCGGUGUUUCCUGAGGAGCCGGUCGGGAUGUGGACGGUGCUCUUCGGCCCGGCGGAGGUGCCCGAGACCGAAAUGGAUGAGCUGUGCUACAGGCUGCAGGUGUACCUGGGCUACGCGCUCGACACGUGUGGGUGGAAGAUCCUCUCGCAGGUUCUGUUCACGGAAAACGACGACCCAGAUGAGUACUACGAGAGCCUGAGCGAGCUGCGGCAGUCCGGGUACGAGGAGGCGCUAGGCCGUGCAACAAAACAUCUGCAGGAGCUGCUGGAGAAGCACAGGACCAUGGACAGCAUGGUGGAGCUGUUGGAGCUCUAUGAGAAAGAAGACCUGGCUUAUGGAGGUCUACUGGAUGCCUCCACACAGCUGUACCAGUAUCUGCUGCAGCCUUUCAGAGACAUGAGGGAACUAGCGAUGCUACGCAGACAGCAGAUCAAGAUCUCCAUGGACAAUGACUACUUGGGCCUAAGGCGGAUAGAAGCGCUAAAGAAGGAGGACUGUGACUGGCAGAAGAAAGCUCAGGAGGCAGUGCUUAACAUCCAGGAGUUUACAGUCAAAUACUUUGAGAUCACUGCCAGAGCCCAGAAAGGGGUGUUCGAGCGUAUGAAAGUGGACCAGCGUAAGUUUGGCAAAUCCUCGUGGACGGCGGCGGUAGAGCGCAUGGAAAGACUGCGCUACUCUGUCGCCAAGGAAACCCUGCAGCUCCAGAGAGCCAGGGAGAUCAGUCUGGAGCAGAGGAAACACACCCUGCGAGACGAGAUGCAGAGUCUGUGCAGCAGUGAGGAUGCAAUGAUCCUCUUAGACCACAUGGAGACACAGUACUAUGAGCUCCAGCUGCAACUGUAUGACAUCCAGUCAGAUAUACUACAGUGUGAAGAGCUGCUCCUCACCGCACAGCUCGACAGCAUUCGCAGACAAAUGACAGAGCAUCAGGAUGAAGUUGUGUACUACGACACCUUUGAAAGUGCUGAUGAUAUUACAGAGGAUGAUACUGCAGAGAAGGAAGAGCUGCGCAGACUUCAGGUCAGCACUCGACAGCUGGAGGCCAGAAGGGGGCGCAUCACUGCCAAGCGCUCCUAUCUGAGGAACAAGAGGGAGAUCUGUGUAUCCAACCACACUCAGAAACAGCAGAAUCAUCAAACUGUCCACAAAGACUCUAUAGCUCACAAGGUCUUACAGCUGAAAAAUGAAGAAGAGGAAGAUGAGGAGAGGAAGAAUAAUAGAGUAAGUCAGGAGAGGCAGAGAACUCUGGACAGACUACGCACUUUCAAACAGCGGUACCCAGGUCAGGUGAUUCUGAAGUCCACUCGACUACGUGUGGCUCACACCAGAAGAAGAGAGCGAGGAAGGAACGUGGAGAUGAGCAGUGUCAGUGAGUGCGUCCAGCCGCAGAGCCCGCCGCUGUGUCUCAGCACCAGUGUGCAGACGGACCCUAGCUCCACGCUCACUACUCAGCCCGUCACGAUCCUCACGGCGUCCCUCCCUCCGCUGCCUGUGCCCACUCCUACAGAGUCCUCCUGCUCCCCCUGCUCGCUGUCCUCACUGCUGGCCUCCCCUAGCUCCCCUCCACCUCCACCGCCCCCUCCACCUCCGCCGCCAACAAGGGAGGAGCAUUCGCCUUCAGAGAGCCCAGGCUGGCACGGGCCAAAGGCUGAGGGGAAGAGUGCAACAGAAGAACUUUCUCUCUCACCGCUCGGCCCGUUCAUCCCUCGUUUCUUUGACAGCAGCCAACUGUUGAGUGCCCGUAAAAAGCUGAGGAAAACUCCAGAGUUUGAUGCCCACAGAAGAGUUAGCUCACCCAUGGACGAGGUGCUGGCCUCCCUGAAGAGAGGAAGCUUCCACCUGAGGAAGGUCGACCAGCGAUCUCUGCCCCCCUCCAAGGAUGACGACGAUACAAACAGCAUCCUGGCACAGAUUCGCAAGGGGGUCAAACUGAGACGUGUACCCCAUAGAGAGAGAAAGGACAAGGGAGAGCUCCCGGCCUCCACCGACCCCCUGACCAGAAGCAUUCAUGAGGCGCUGCGCCGCAUCAAGGAGGCCUCCCCGGAGUCUGACUCGGAUGACGACGGGCUCGCUGGUCCUGACUGGGAAAGCUAGAGAGCUUGAGGCUCAGGCACAACGAUUAACGCUCACACACACAAAUGCCUGCACCCUCUGGCACUGCAUGAACUGUACUGUACUGCAUUGUAGAGAGCUGCGCUGUACUGCAAACACACACAUAUACAGUCACUCACUCACACAGCCCAGUCGCACAUGUACAGUUCCCUGUGACUAUGCCAGGACCUGAAUCAAACUGAAUACCACUAAAUGCUCCGAAGGACGAUGGUCGACCUGUUUGUUUUUCACACUGCACUCACCUCCAUGAAGGACAUGAUCUGUGUUUCCUUCCACUGUAUGUUACUGUGGUCUGACUGUAACAAUGCCAUGUUUUAUUUUUUACUUUUGUCAUUUGCGCUGUUGUAAAGCUCUGCACAUUAACAUUCAGAAACAGCACAUCACACAUUUUACACCGACACACUGUACUGACUUACUUUUUAAUACUGAAAACCUCAUAUCUUAUCUUUUCCAGUUGCUCCCAGGCAUCGGGAAUGAGAAUCUGAAACUGUUACUAAGAAUGAUAUGUGAGUAUGUUUGCUGAUUUGGGGUCAUGAGGGAAAACCUAAAAGAAGAUUACACAGAAAAUUAACUUGUAUCUGGAUUUACUGCCCAGAUUGAAAACCAUGGCACCAUCAGGCAUCUCCCCUGUUUUUGCUCAUCCAGUGUAUGACUGAUCGCACUGGGAUACUCAGCUGGUUUUGUGUUGUCACAUGAGGGUGUGGUGGCGUCAGACAGUGUAAAGACCCCUGCUUGUCUAAUCUGACACUGUGCAAAUACUGUAAAUCCUUUAGUCUGUCAUACCAGAUUCGUGACCAUCCCCCACACUUGUCUUCUUCCAGCCUCUGCCACCCCCAACCCUCUCUGGGUGAGGGAGUAUGUAUCCAUCCGUUUGACCUCAGUGUAUGGUCAGGCUGGUGGGAUAUGGCGAUAUGUAGAGUCACUUAUUUGUUUGUCACAUCCAACAUCUCUGACCUGCUGCUGGUCGUCUGGGGCAGGACGGCUGAAAGAGAGUUUCUUUACCAGAGUGGAGGUCACGGUUAACGUCAGUAAUCCUGCAUCGUGUUGGCAGACUUGGUUGGUGGCUCCCAAACGUAUGUGGGACAGUCAUGGCUCAGCUGUGAGGGCGGUCACGCUUGUUUGAAUGAUGGAUGGCAUGUGGGAGGCUGGAUUGUCUCGGAGCCGCAGGGAGCCACCGUGGGCUGUGGAGCAGGCGGUCGUGAUUGAUGCGGUUUCUCCUGGCGUCUUAUUUACUUUCUCUCCUCUUCUCUAUUGCAUCUUCCCUAAUUUCUUCCUCUGCACUCAGUGGGCAGAGCCGCACAGUGGGAGAUCUGUUACUCACAGUGCUGGAGGUGAAAACACUCACACACACAUGGACUCGUGCACUAAACUCACAGCCAACGUGAGCAAAAACAUUCUAGUGAGUGUGCAGCCUUUACUGAUAGUUUAAAAGAUGGUUUCAUCAUAUAUGAUACACAUUCUGAAUCACUUUAUCUGUACAGAAACAAAUCUUUUUUGUUAUUUGUUUUUUUUAUCACUGGUGAAACGUUAUCUCUGUAGUAGUUGAGGAAGCUUAAAAGUACUGAACAUGCAGGUUAAGACCUAAAAAAA